AUGAGUGUGAGGGAUUAUAACCACAUGUUUAAUUUUUUGGCAAGAUAUGCACCAGAUAUUGUACGUACCAUGAGAGCCAGAGUUCAUCAUUAUGUUGAUGGUUUGGGAGAUCAUUUGAUCAAAGAUUGUAGGGUAGCAUCCUUAUCAGAUGAUGUAGAUAUUUCCCGCAUACAGGCUUUCGCUCAAACUACAAAGGAACUUUGUCAACGGAUUCAUGAUACCCGUAGGGAUAGGAAGCAGAGUAAGAGGGCCCGUACUAUGGGGUCUUAUAGGGAGCCACAUGGUGAUUUUAGUCCCCCAUUUCAUCGAUAUCCACUUCAGCCAGCGGGUAGUGUCUCACCACAGUGCGGUAAGCCGCACACUGGGCAGUCUACACAGGGUUCAGGUGCAUGUUAUUAUUGUGGGCAGACUGGAAAUUUUAUUAGUUGUUGCCCGAGGUUGAGCAGAGGUGAGCUCAGCCUUCAGGAUCCACAAAAACAUCUUCACCCUCAGUCCGUGCCCAACGUCCGGGACCAUAUUCUACUCAGGGUCAUGACAGAGGGAGAGGUCAAGGAGAUACAGGAUUCAGGGGUAUCCCCUGAUGUUGUUACAGGUAUAUUGACGAUAUCUUCUCAAGAUGUUUACGCAUUGAUAGACCCUGGCUCUACAUUUUCAUAUACUACUCCAUUUAUUGCUAGUAAGAUUGAGAUGAAAUCUGAGUUGUUGCCACAACCAGUUGAGGUGUCUACACUGGUUGGUGACUCUAUUUUAGCUAGUCUUGUGUAUCGAGGUUACACGAUGAUAAUUAAUAAUCAUCCAAUCCCUGCUGAUUUAGUUGAGUUGAUUAUGCUAGAUUUUGAUGUUAUCAUGGAUAUGGAUUGGUUGGCAGCUUGCUAUGCUAAUAUUGAUUGUCGUGCAAAGAUAGUCAGGUUUUACUUUCCAGGUGAGCCAGUCCUUGAGUGGAAGGGUAAUGUAGCCACACCUAAGGGUAAGUUUAUUUCAUACCUUAGGGCUCGAAAGUUGAUUGCUAAAGGUUGUAUGUACCAUACGGUUCAUGUACAGGGUACUAAUAGGGAGCCCAUGACUCUUCAAUCAAUUCCUAUCAUGAAUGAAUUUCCAAUGGUAUUCCUUGAUGAUCUUCCUGGAAUCCCCUUAGAAAGGGUAAUUGAUUUCGCUAUAGACUUGUUUCCUGAUAUGCAACAUCUAUCGAUUCCUCCCUAUAGAAUGACAACUACAGAGCUAAGAGAAUUAAAGGAACAACUAAAGGACUUGCUCGAUAAAGGUUUUAUCAGGCCAAGUACUUCCCCAUGGGGUGCCCCAAUGCUCUUUGUUCGAAAGAAAGAUGGAUCCUUAUAG